AAAUUUUAUUUAAUAAAUCUUAUUGAGAUAUUUUAUACUGUGUAAAAAAAUAAAAAAAUAAUUUUUUAAAUGUUAUUUUUGAAUUUAAAAAUAUAAAAUAAACACUGUAUUUAUUUUUUAAGUAUGUAGACUAUGUAGUAUUUUGGAACGUGACUUCGUCUCUCUCUUUCUCUCUCUAAAAACAUUCACGUACACACACUUCGUUUCUCUCAGUAACUUACCCGCCACACCCACGACCGCCACUACUGUCACAACCACCCCCGCCUCCUUACCACAAUGAUUUGACCAAAAAACCAACCUGGGCUUCUACUGAAACAUGGGAGCUUCACUGUCGAACCUGACCGAAUCGAACGGCUACGCCAACGGCGGGCCGGGGCCCGGGCUGGGCGACAUACCGGAGAGCUGCGUGGCGUGCGUGUUCCUCUACCUGACUCCGCCGGAGAUCUGCAACCUCGCUCGCCUCAACCGCGCCUUCCGCGGCGCCGCCUCCUCCGACUCCGUCUGGGAAGGCAAGCUCCCUCCCAACUACCGAGAUCUGCUCGACCUAGUAAUGAUGCCUCCGGAGAGGUACAGGAACCUGUCCAAGAAAGACAUCUUUGCCCUCCUCUCUCGCCCCGUUCCUUUCGACGACGGAAACAAGGAAUUAUGGCUGGAUAGGGUUACAGGGAGAGUAUGUAUGUCAAUCUCGGCGAAGGGGAUGGCAAUUACUGGGAUUGAGGAUCGAAGAUACUGGAAUUGGCUUCCUACUGAAGAAUCUAGGUUCAAUGUUGUGGCAUAUUUGCAACAAAUAUGGUGGUUUGAAGUAGAUGGGGUAGUAAAGUUCCCUUUUCCAGCCGAUAUAUAUACCCUUUCAUUUAGGAUUCACCUCGGAAGAUUUUCAAAGAGGCUGGGGCGGCGUGUUUGCUAUUUUGAGCACACCCAUGGCUGGGAGAUAAAGCCUGUACGUUUUGAGUUCUCAACUUCAGACGGCCAACAGGCAUCGACUGGGUGCUGUUUGGAUGAGACUCAACAAGAUGAGAUUAACGGCUACCACAAGCGUGGGUGCUGGAUAGACUACAAGGUGGGCGAGUUCAUUGUAACGGACCCGGAUCCUGAUACCGAAGUGAAGUUUUCAAUGAAACAGAUCGAUUGCACUCAUUCCAAAGGCGGGCUUUGUGUAGAUUCUGUAUCAAUUAUGCCCAGUGACCUGAAAGAUCGAAGAAGAAGAAAAGGGAUUCUGAAAUAGUCAUUUGGUGACUUGUUCUUUUGUAGUUUCUGUGAUCCCGGAAGGUUUUAGUCGGGAUUUAUCUGUCUGGUUAUGCUCUGAGAGCAUUCGAGGAUGUCAUAAUGGUCUUUUUUUUUUGCUGUAGUUAUGUGUCCUCUACUUGUAAUUCUAAUUCUCUGUAGCCUUGUUUUAUACCAUACCAAUACCAUUCCAGUAAGAAUAAGUGAAUAUGCUUUUGUUAUGACCUGCUUUUGGCAAAACAAGAUUCACUUGAGCUUUUGUAAUCUAAUUGAGAUGUGAAUGAGUUACAGAUUUUCGUCACAAA